AUAGCUGCAUCUGCUCCAUCUCAGGAUACAAAACAGCAAGUGUGAAAAGAUACAGGAGAUAUCGGUCCACAAGAGAUGGUUCCGAGCAGGAAGAAUGUGGUUCUCGUGGAUGGAGUCAUACUGAACGGCCCCACAACAGAUGCAAAAGCAGGAGAAAAAUUUGUGGAAGAUGCCUGUAGACUAAUAAUGGAGGAGGUGGUUUUGAAGGCUACAGACAUCAGUGAGAAGGUCUGUGAGUGGCGGCCCCCUGAAGAGCUGAAGCGGCUUCUCGACCUGGAGCUGAGGGACACGGGAGAGCCGCACCACCGGCUGCUGGAGCGCUGCCGGGACGUCAUACGCUACAGCGUCAAGACCAACCAUCCAAGAUUUUUCAACCAGUUAUAUGCUGGACUUGAUUAUUACUCCUUGGUAGCCAGAUUUAUGACAGAAGCAUUAAACCCAAGUGUUUAUACGUAUGAGGUGUCCCCAGUGUUUCUGUUAGUGGAAGAAGCGGUUCUGAAGAAAAUGAUUGAAUUUAUUGGCUGGAAAGAAGGGGAUGGAAUAUUUAACCCAGGUGGUUCAGUGUCCAAUAUGUAUGCCAUGAAUUUAGCCAGAUAUAAGUACUGUCCUGGUAUUAAGGAAAAGGGGCUGUCUGGCUUGCCAAGAUUAAUCCUUUUCACAUCUGCAGAGUGUCAUUACUCCAUGAAGAAGUCUGCUUCCUUUCUUGGGAUCGGUACUGAGAAUGUGCGCUUUGUGGAGACAGAUGGAAGAGGAAAGAUGAUACCUGAGGAGCUGGAGAAGCGCGUGCAGGAGGCCAAGAAAGAGGGCGCAGCUCCGUUCCUGGUGUGUGCCACGUCCGGUACCACGGUGCUGGGGGCCUUCGAUCCUCUGGAUGAGAUCGCGGACAUCUGCGAGAGGCACGGCCUCUGGCUCCAUGUAGACGCUUCUUGGGGUGGCUCAGCCUUGAUGUCCAGGAAGCACCGCAGGCUCUUGCAGGGUAUCCACAGAGCUGAUUCUGUGGCGUGGAACCCACACAAGAUGUUGAUGGCUGGGAUUCAGUGCUGCGCUUUCCUCGUCAAAGACAAAUCUGACCUUCUUAAGAGAUGCUACUCCGCCAACGCGUCUUACCUCUUCCAGCAGGAUAAAUUCUAUGAUGUCAGCUAUGACACGGGUGACAAGUCCAUCCAGUGCAGCAGGAGACCAGAUGCAUUCAAGUUCUGGAUGGCCUGGAAGGCCCUGGGCACAUUAGGCCUUGAAGAAAGAGUUAACCGCGCUCUUGCUUUGUCUAGGUACCUAGUAGAAGAAAUCAAGAAAAGAGAAGGAUUCAAGUUACUGAUGGAACCUGAAUAUGCCAAUAUUUGCUUUUGGUACAUUCCACCGAGCCUCAGACAGAUGGAGGAAGGACCUGAGUUCUGGGCAAAACUUCAUUUGGUGGCCCCGGCCAUUAAGGAGCGGAUGAUGAAGAAGGGGAGCCUCAUGCUGGGCUACCAGCCCCACCGGGGGAAGGUCAACUUCUUCCGGCAGGUGGUGAUCAGCCCUCAAGUCAGCCGGGAGGACAUGGACUUCCUGCUGGAUGAGAUAGACCUCCUGGGGAGGGACAUGUAG